AUGGCCAAGGCAGCAGCCAAGGCCAAGACAUUGGCGGCAAUGGCGGCAACUGCGGCAAUGACAGUGAAGCAGGCGCCGAUGACACCGAUGACGCCAAAGGUCAAGAAGAUGCCAAAGAGGCCGAGUCCAGUCCUGCCACUGCCAGUCCUCAAGGGCACAGCCUCUGAGACUGAGGUGAGCAAGAGUGAGUGUGAGGUCAUUGAGGACGCCCUGGAGGAGUCCCUGGAUGCCUGGAGCCUUGAUGCGAUGCAGGGGGUGUCCCAGGUUGACCAGGCUGCUCAGGCGCUGCCUGCUUUGGCGCCGAUGGCCACCAGCGCCGGCAUUUGCUGGUUGUCACCUACAUGCGACAAGAAGACAUAUGCCAAGAGCAAGUUCUGCAGUGCCCACAAGAAGGAGGCAGAGGCGUUGAAGCGCGACGCAGAGAAGAGCGGCAAAAACGCCCUGCAGUUCUACUUGUCCCAAUGCUCGUCCCAGACGCUGUACUCCAAGAUGCUGAUUGAGUUCAUGGGUAGGAUGUGCUACGAGCAGUGGAUGGAUGUCUCACAGGCAAAGCACAAGCGGUCCUGGGAAGAGAGCGACAGGAUGUGGACCGAGUUCUCCAACGACAGCGAACGCGAAAAGGACCAGAUGGGUCCGGAGUGCUCAAAACUCAGAAUUGAACGCCCAGUGAAAGACUACAUCCUCCGAGAAGACGUGAGCGGGUAUUCCAAAGCUCGCGUUGCAGCCCACAAGCAAAUGACAAACCCCAAGCAGGAGGACAUGGAGAAGGCUGACUCCACAGUUUGCACUUCUUUGCCCAGAUGGACUGAUUCGCAUUUUGCCAUCGGCAACAAAUCCGGGGCAACCAGCAACGGUUUCAUGCAUGGCGACCAGGCAGCGGCAGCGCCAAGCACUCCUAUGUGCGAAGACUUGCCAGGGCUGCCAGAGAACAAGAAAAAGAAUAUCAAAGACAUCAGUCGAUACAGAACGAAAAAGUACGACGCAGUCAUGAAGACUUACAAGAGCUUGGACCUCAAGUGCGACAGCUUGCAUAAGCAGGUCUCGGACUUUUGCAGCUCCAAGGACAACACUGAUGAGUUCAAGCGCUUCAUUGACCUGGCCAAGUUCAAGUUGGAGUUCAUGGGCCGCUUGUCAACCUCCAAGGACGCAGAGGAAUGGUGCAGCUACUUGGAGAGCCUUUCAGAGCAGGAGAAGGCGAUGCUUCCAGGCGACUUGUCCUUGCUGCACUGCCCUGCUGAGAUUGACGCUCAGGCUUCAGAGAGAAAAUUACAAUCUAUUACUUAG